AUGGCGUCCAAGGCCAAGUACCAGCCUGCGCCGCAAGAGGAGCCCGUCAACGACGACUACACCAGUGCGCCACCAGCGUACGCAGCUGAAUCGUCAUCCCGCGACGAGCAGCAGGGCCUGUUCGGCGCCCCGCGAAGCAGCGAGGACAAUAUUCCCGAUGACUUCAAGUUUGGCGGAUCCGUCGCAGAGGCCACCCUCGACAUUCGCAACCAGUUCAUUCGCAAGGUCUACACCAUCCUCUCGGCCCAGCUCAUCGCAACCGCUGCCGUCAGCGGUCUCACCUUCUGGAGUGAUGGCUACAAGACGUGGAUUCAAAGCCACCCUGCCGUUGUCUACGCAUCUCUCUUCGGCUCCCUGAUCUUCAUGGGUCUUACCUACUGGAAGCGCAAGUCCUACCCGACCAACCUGCUCUUCCUCUCGCUCUUCACGCUCACCGAGGCCUACGCCAUUUCCGUCAUCGUGUCCUUCUACAAGUCGUCUAUCGUUCUCAACGCCGUCUUCCUGACGGCAGGCAUCUUCAUCUUCCUUACUGCUUUCGCCUGCCAGACCAAGUAUGACUUCACCAGCUGGAUGCCAUACUUGUUCGGUGCGCUCUGGGGCCUCAUGCUGUUCGGUUUCAUGUCCAUCUUCUUCACCUACAGCUCCACGGCGGAGCUGGUCUAUGGUGGCAUCGGCGCCCUGGUAUUCAGUGCCUACAUUCUGGUCGACACGCAGCUGGUCAUGCGCCAUCACCAUGUGGAGGAGGAGAUCGCGGCUGCCAUCAGCCUGUACCUCGAUAUCAUCAACCUCUUCCUCAUGAUCCUGCGCAUCCUCAACAGCCAGAACAACAACUAA